AUGCCCUUGUUCAAUCUCUUAGAGCGCAUGGCGAAGUCCGGCGAAACAACUGCGCGAGUUAUGUAUGGGUGCGGUGGCUGGGCCGCGCAUUCCUGCACGGAUAUCUGGGCCGAUACUGCUCCGGCCGAUCGGUGGAUGCCGGCCACGAUCUGGCCCCUUGGAGGCGCAUGGCUUUGCUAUCAUAUCUGGGAGCACUACCGCUUCGUUGGAAAUGUCGACUUCCUUCGCCGAAUGUUGCCCAUUCUGCGAGGAUGUGUGGAGUUUCUCGUGGACUUCCUGGUGGAAAAUGGUACUGGCACAUAUCUGACCACAAAUCCCUCAGUGUCUCCAGAGAAUUCUUUCUUGGAUUCUAAAGGUCAGAAGGGUGUAUUGUGCGAGGGAUCAACGAUAGACAUCCAGAUAGUCGACGCUAUCCUCGGAGUAUUUGAGUCGGCUAUGGGAGAGUUGGGCCUGACUGACAACCUGUUGGAAAGGGCUGGCAGGACGCGAGCUCGACUUCCACCAAUGAAGAUCAGUGACUCUGGCUAUCUCCAAGAAUGGCCGAUUGACUAUGAAGAAGUUGAGCCCGGUCACCGACACACCUCACAUCUAUGGGCGUUGUACCCUGGAAAAGCUAUUAACCCAGUGGAGUCACCAGAGCUCGCUGCAGCAUCUGGGGUCGUUCUACGUCGUCGUGCUCAGCAUGGUGGUGGUCAUACUGGUUGGAGCCGCGCCUGGCUCAUCAAUUUGCAUGCUAGGCUUUUCGAAGGCGAAGAAUGCAAGAUGCAUUUAGAUCAACUUCUAGCCAAGUCAACUUUACCGAAUCUUCUGGACAGCCACCCACCAUUUCAGAUCGACGGCAACUUCGGUGGCGGCGCGGGCAUCGUUGAAAUGUUGAUACAGUCCCACGAGCCCGGAAUGAUCCGCCUGCUUCCUGCAUGCCCAAAUGACUGGUCGGGGAUGAUCCGUGGUGUACGAGCCCGUGGCGGAUUCGAACUCGAAUAUAACUGGGAGAACGGGCGCCUGGAGGGUGAUGUCAAAAUUGUUUCCAACCUAGGCGAGCGCGCCGUCGUCUGCUUUCCCUGGCGAGAAUGGAUCAAAGAAGACGGAGAUCAACGGCCCCGGGCUUCACAGAAUCAACACUUCGUAAAAUUUGAAAUAGAGAGCUCCAUGGGCGCAUGCUGUUCAACACGAGAAAUAUUUCGAUGGAAACUGGCCUCCUCAUCUUUCCCCACAUGCGAUCCCUGUCCUCGCGGCUCUCCCUAA